GAGAGUCGGCCGUCUGAGGUCCGCUUACUCUGCAGUGACCGCGUCCAUUACAAGAGCGGCUACAAUGCGGGCGCCCCGGAGCAGCCAGCAACAGGGUGAUGAGGAAACUUGUGAGCGAGGGGUGGGGGGAGACGAAGAGAGGAGUGAUGGGUGCUUCAAGUUCGCUGAACAGGUGCUGAGAGGCCGUCAGCUGCGCCUGCCAGCUUCUUUCCAGAGAGCCUCAUCGCUGCCGCGCAGGAUCGCUCGUUCUGUCACCCCUCAGCCAGAAGCUGAGGAGACUGAAGUCCGGGCGACGGCUCGCACUGACUUCCGUUCUGAAAGCAGCGAAGCCGGAUUUAAAGGGGGAAAGAAAAGAGCAGCUUCAACGUCGCCCUCUAGGAAUGAAUUUCAUCGGUCACUAACAACAAGAAUCCCACGUCAGCUUCGUUCCUUCCUACCAGCACGCAUGAUGGCGAGGUACAGUUUACCUCCUCGUCCCACCCGAAAAGCAGGACCAGUAGGUAGAACGUGGGUUAAAGUCUAUGAUGACAUAACUUACAUGGACGAUACCUCUCAAGAAUAUUACCCCGUUGUUGGGUACAGCGGAGCUCCCAUGAAAGUGCCCGAAGCCAAUCCUCUCCCAAGGCCCCCGACUCCACCACCACCGUCGAGUCAGCGAGCCACAAGACGCUUGUCACCGACGCCUUCGCAACUCAGUGAAUACGAUAACGUCCCUCGAUCGCAAGACGAAAUUUGUGUUCCAGAUGCUAUAGAGAUGAAUCCAGAUCUUUCGCCCGAAGCACGAAGGAGAGAUGCAGAUCGCGAACUCAUUCAGAGAGAACUUUCUCUGAAGCAAGUGGCCAAUGAAAACAAAGAAGUUGUUAGUCAGGAGCGUCCUACUGCACGGAAGCGAGAAAACACUCGUUUCAAAGGACGUCGUCAGCGUCGUAGUGGCACACCCGUAGCUACGGACCGCACGAACGGCUUCCACGAUGAAGAUUCCCAAGAUGUUGCAAAUCGAACUUUCGAAACUAUCGAAUACAUCAAUGGCGAGGCUAAGAAGCCAUCACUUGUUGAAGACGAGUACAUUGUUCCUGAAUUAAAACAAUCUCCUCCACCCCGUCCGAAACGCGCAACAAAAAAUUACGAAGGUGUGAGUAACUCCGGUCAGAAGAAAAUUCAAACUCCCGAUGUUGAAACUGUUAAUGAAGGAGACGCCUGCGUUGAGAAUGCCGGUGUUCAAGAAAUGGAACCAUCGCGUCCUGCGAGGGGGAUAAAAAUCUACGAAACCAUCGAAGCACCGAGCACAGGAUUUGCGAUACAACAAAACGGAAGACGAGACGAAUCAAUGAUAAUAGCUCACCAGGCAGAAAAUGAACCUAAUAUUGCGGAAACUAUUAAAACCGAUAAAGAAUCGUCUGGAAUUUCAACAACACAAAAGGAAGCAGAACCUCUUAAACCCACGAAACCGAAACGAGGCGUGAAACUUUAUGAAGAUGUUAUUCUUCAAACCAAAGAGGUGGAGAAUCUUGUUUCAUGUUCCCAGUUACUAGAAGCGAAUGCGGCUAACGAAGGACUGGGGCCAACUAAUGCGCAACCCUCGUUUGAAGGUCAAAUAUUGGAAAAUAAUUUAUGCAAAACUCAGGAACCCACAGGAGAGAUUUCUCCUGACAAUUCAAGGUCAGAGCCUGAGAAACAAAAGUUAAACAAUGAGCAUUCUGGUGUAUUGAAUGAUAUUUCUAAUUCAAUUAUAAACGCAUGCGAAGAAAGGCCAAGAAAACCAAAACGAGGUAUUAAACUUUAUGAAGAUGUGAUCCCAAAAAUUAAUAAUGUCAAAGUUGUUUCUGAAUUUGUUGCUAUCGAGAGUAAGAAACUUGUUAGCAGUCAAGAUAACAUCCCAUCUAAACCUGACAGAGGACACAAAGUUUAUUCUUCAAUUAUUUUGCGGGAUAAAUAUGAAAACGUAGAAAACGAAAACGAGUGUGUAAAACAGUCUCACGAGACGACUCCUUCAUACGCAACAGUUCAAAAGAGCAAGGACAGUCAAAUGAAAGAUGUAGUUGAUGCUUCUCCUCCACCGAUUCCUCCCAAGAAGAGAGCAAGGCGCGGGGUGUCACCCAGUGCAGCGUUUCAUGUUAUUCCACCACGCCCAGCAAGGCAUUUGAAACCAAGGGAUCGAUCCGCUGAAGCCAUACGACGUUCUAAGCGUCAAAAAACUAAUGUAAAUGCUAACGACUCUACUGAUACCGAUCCUAACGUUCCUCCUCAGAAGCCAACUCGCGGCCAUUCCAACAAAGGAAUUUCUAAGUCUGGAAUUAAUGUUGAACCCAUUAUUGGAAAAGUAAUAAUCGAAAGUGGUAAGGUUCCCGAAAUGACGAUUAUUAGCUCCGACAGCAAAAAUUACGAGAAUAUUGAUUUUGUUGACCCCCGUGUAAAAUUCAAGUCGCGACAGCUACCUCCAAUUCCUGGAAAAACGACAGCUGUCUCUGCUACUGUACUACACAAUGCAGUGCCCCGAGUUAAUCCUGAUUCACCUGCUGUUGAGGAUCUGCCUCCAGAAAGUGAGACAAGCGUAGUAAUCACGGCCUACGAUGAGUCAUACGCCUGUAACGAUGCUGGGAACUCAGACCUGACUAGCGCUCCCAGGGUUAGUGCAAACGAAUCGAGUGUGAGAGGUGGUUGUGCUUUAGUUCGCUCUGACUCGAGCCUUGACAAUAUGUUAGAAAAAGAUAUCGAUCUCAAUUUGACAAAUAUAGAGUCAUCGUUUGCUACUCUAGAUACAGUUCUGCAGUCGUUAAAAUCCUAUACAGGUCCACCUAUUCUUUCUCGGACGCAGUAUGAACCUAAUGUUAGUGAUAACACAGUGAGCAAAACGUGUUCGGCCAACACAGCUAACGAGAGCGAUUACUCGAGCACUACCACCGAUAACAUUCAAACGGUAGUGAAGGGCUCAAAUGACGAUAACGCAGAUAUUAGCAGCAAAGGUGACGUGAAGAUAGUAGAAGCCUCAUUAAGAUUUAAUGGUCAGUUAGGCGUUGAAUGUAGCGAUCAAUGUGGAAUUCCUGUGGUGUGCAUUGAAAAGGAAUUUAUUGCUGAAGACUCUGCUUCGCUCAGUGCAAGCGAGAAAAACGAGUGCGCGCAAGCCUUGGCUAAUGAUGAAAAAGUUGCUAGUGCCGUGCUAGUUGAAAACUGUGCCACUGAAAACGAAUUACUUGCUGAAUUGGUAUCGAUCCCGUGUUUAUCCUUUGAAGACAAAGACAGACUAACUGACUCUGCUGCCCUGGGAAAUGAAAGUGAACCGUUAUCUUUAUCUACUGAAAUUGUUAAAAGCGAUCUUAAAUUGUCUAUAGCUGCCGAAAGUACCGCAGGUUUUGACGAGUAUGUUGCAGAAGCAAUGUGUACUGGACAGUCGGAUUCAGUUUGUUGUCAAAUAAGCCCCCUCCGAGAAGGUGCCAGGAGACUAUCCGUGGCAGCUGAAAGCGUUCUUGUAAAUUUUACCCCCGAAGCAACCGAGGACUUGAGUUACUUAGCUUCCUCCACGACAGGGACGGUUAUUGAUGAUGAUGAUGCUCCCAGGUCAAAAAAUGAAAGGAAACUAUCCAUUGCGGCUGAGAUUAUCGCCAGUGAUUUUGAUGAAACAAUUGAUGUUAAUGAAGCAAUUCCCCGAGCUCAUAUUGCGGACAACAUUCACGUAAGUACGCACGAUGGAGGAAAUUGCAUAUUGUCAGUUGCAGCCCAAUCUGUGGCUCUUGAAUCAAACCCCGAAACAAUUCAGGAACUAGGAACCGCUGAAAAUACUGAAAGCGAAUCCUUUAACUGUUCGAGUCAAAUUUCUGCUCCUGCCGUUGCCACUUCAUGUGAAGAAUCCUCAUUGCACGGGAGCGGCCGCAAGAUAUCUGUUGCAGCUGAAACAGUUGCUUUGGAAUUCAUGCUUGAGAGCACGCAGAUUUUCGGCGGAAAUAGUUUGAUUGCAGAAACAUUCAAUGCGACUCCAAGAGAUGAUAGUUGUGCCAUAGCAAUUGCUUCUGUCAGCGUUACGUCUGGAAGCUUUGCUAACACCGUUGUUAAUUCAUCUAACAAUAAUAUAUCAUGCGUUCAGUCACAAUCGACGGAUGAGCCAACUGAGGCACCUAGACAGAUUUCAGGAAAUACCCCAGAGAAAACUCUGGCUUCAUCGCCAGAAGCUGGUAUUGGUGUUGGAGUGCCGGUCUUGCCGGAUGCGACACCUUAUUACCUAUCUAAGGAAUCAAAUGAAAUUUCAAAUCUUGUUGAAACCAAUGCUUCAGAUUCAUUAGGUGGGAGCCAGGCGAGUAUAACUGACGAUGAUUCUGUCAUUAGCGUUGUAACUAAGGACGACCUUGCUGCACGCGAUAGAAAUGGUUCAUCCCCGUCAACUGAUCCACUGAACAAUCCAGCAAUUUCUGAAUCAGCUCCGACUCAUGUUCCUGCAACAGACGACUCCAAUAUUGCUGAAGGUGUGGCAGACAUCAGUAAUCGUUUAAAAGGUAUCAACAAUUUUCUCGACAGUCUUGUUCGUAACUUUUCGCCCGAAAAAUGUGACAUUGAAUCUCUAUUGGACGGAGAUUCUACUCAAAACCUGGACCCUGAUACUACCUCGUUUUCCCGUGAUCAUGAUUCUGCUUGCCCUUCUUUGCCUGUUAAUGUAUCUGUUGCCCCUCCUGUCCCUAUGACUAACAGUGACGAUAGAAUGGAAAGUAAAGAACCAAGUGAACUAUCAGAAUCUCAUAACGACUUUACUUUCGUCGAUAUUGCUCUUGUACAAAGUCCACCGGAGCCAAUUUAUCCUUCGGAUCUCGGAAUCCCUGCAGCACUCGUGACCACGGCUCCCUCGCCUUCAAUAAUUGGGGCAUCCGCUGCUCAUGAAGCAGUAGCUGCAGUGCCAGGAGGUACAGUUAGUCUUGAUAUAUGUUCUGAUCAGACGUCUCUGACAUCUUUAAUGGAAAGAAUUUCUAGAACAGACGCUGACACAACCACACGUGAUCUGACGAGACGUGAUCUCGCAAACGAAUGUAUCUUCACGACCGAAUGCACGGAUUCUACCGAGCGCAUUGUUGAGGCUGAGCAGACUCAGCAGACAGUUCCCUCUGUGUUCAGCUUGCUCGAUAGCGGCUUAGGCUUGCAAAAGGACGUUGCAGGAGACGGAGGUUCGGUUUUACUUUUUAUUGACGGAGAAUGGCAUCGGUUGUGAGCUCAUGAAACUCUACGACUCUUAGAUGGUUAAAGUUUGAAGUUUAGUUCGUAGUAUUAUAAAAUAAAUUUAAUAAUGGGUCUUGUGAAGAAGUUACUAGUUACCUAAAUCUUUGUAACAGUGUGUUUGAUUUGGUUGUAUUACAAUCUUCGAUUCUUAGAAGUGUUUAUUUAGAAGCAACUUGUAUAUCAGUUAACUAAGAAGUUGCGAAUCGCUUUUAUUAUUUGUUUGUUUUUGUAGGAUGUUCUUGAAGAACAAUGUAUUUGUUAUCUGAUAUACCUAAGUUACUUGAUGCUUGGGGCCCGGGUUCUUUGCGAUACUUUCGUGAACCUUUUUUGUAUCCUCCUUUAAUGUUUCGAGCCUCUUGCAUAGAACGCUACCUGCUCAUAUUUCGGCCUUUAACACUCCCUGCUACUCUUGACCAACUCUUAUUACCGGAUGCCUCAAAGAUUUCGACUAAAAUUCUUUCUAAGAAUGCAAUUAAACUUAUCAUAUGUGA